CUGCCCCUCCCUCUAGCUGGGUUUGUCAAGUCGCCCAUGUCAGAAACUAAGCUCACGGGGGACGCCUUUGAACUGUACUGUGAUGUGGUUGGGAACCCCACUCCAGAGAUCCAGUGGUGGUAUGCUGAAGUCAACCGGGCUGAGUCUUUCAAACAGCUGUGGGAUGGCGCUCGGAAGCGCCGUGUCACCAUUAACACUGCCUACGGGGCCAAUGGGGUGAGUGUGCUGAGAAUAACCCGCCUUACCUUGGAAGACUCUGGGACUUACGAGUGCAGGGCCAGCAACGAUCCCAGGAGGAAUGACUUGAGGCAAAAUCCCUCCAUAACGUGGAUUCGAGCCCAGGCUACUAUAAGCGUCCUGCAGAAGCCCCGGAUCAACGCCAGCGAGGAUGUGGUGCUCCACGUGUCCGGGGUGGCCGUCACGUUGCAGUGCAACCUCACCACCAGCCCCAGCCCCCUCACCGCCAGCUACUGGGUGAAGAACGGGGAGGAGAUCCCAGGCACUAGGAGAACCUCCAACACCACAGAAUACAAGAUCGCGAAGGCCAGAGCGGAGGAGUCGGGGGAAUACUUGUGUGUGUUUGUGUUUUCCAACUCUCCUGUAGCCAACGCCACUAUAGAAGUGAGAGCCACUCCCGACAUCACCGGGCACAAGCGAAGUGAGAACAAGAACGAGGGGCAGGAGGCCCUCAUGUACUGCAAGUCCGUGGGCUUCCCCCACCCCGAGUGGGUCUGGCGCAAGAAGGUCAAUGGAGUGUUUGAGGACAUCAACAACUCCUCCGGCAGGUUCUUUAUUUCCAACAAGGAGAACUACACCGAGCUCAGCAUCACAAACCUGCAGAUCAACGAGGACCCCGGCGAGUACCAGUGCAACGCCACCAACCAGGUGGGCUCCGUGUCGGUCACGACCAUCCUGCGCGUGCGCAGCCACCUGGCCCCGCUGUGGCCCUUCCUGGGCAUCCUGGCAGAGAUCGUCAUCCUCGUGGUCAUCAUCGUCAUCUACGAGAAGAGGAAGCGGCCGGACGAGGUGCCGGACGAUGAUGAACCAGCUGGGCCAAUGAAAACCAAUUCUACAAACAAUCACAAAGAUAAAAACUUACGCCAGAGAAACACAAAUUAAAAAUGCUCAUCAUUGAGCAACGAUAUGACUGUCUAACGCAUGCCUUAUUUAGCCUCUCCUGCAAGGAUGACCUAGCCAGAUCAAUUUUAAUAAUGCUUCCGUGUAGAAGGUGUAAACUGUUUUGGGCUUGAUGUGCUGUGAAUGUUGCUUUUUUUUUUUUUUCUUCCCUUUACUCUCUUUACCAUGAGCAGUAGCCAGGCGGGUUCACGCAUGCGCCAUUUUUUACUUCCUGUAGCUGUUAAAUUUGGCACCGCUCAAACCGCACCGCUGCCAUCUAGUGAGACUUCUUUUGUAAAGUACAGCAGAACUUAAAAAUAUAUACAGUAUAUAUUUAUAUUGGGGGGGGGAAGGGGAAACCAGAAGUCAUUGUGGUUCAUUUUGAAGCUGCUGAUAUUCAUUCCUUACUGUAUGGCUGAGAGGAGAGAGCGAUGCCGGGCUGGCACUGGGACAAGGGAGACAUUGGAAUUACCUUAAGGGCUUAACUGUGGAGCACGGGGUGUCCUGGGAUGGUUCCAGGGGGUGGUGGUGAUGGGAUGCAGUUGGAAACAAAAACAAACCUUCAGUUUAUAAAUAUAUAUAUAUGAUUGCUUUUUAAGUGAUUUUUUUUUUUUUUUUUUUUGUUAACUCAUGUAAAUUCUCAAAUCCUUUUGCACUGAUGUGUUCAACAUAUUCUUGUACAUUCAAUUCAGGCAAACUUUUAUAAUUUUCUUUUUUUUUUUUUUUUGUUUAAAUGAUGAAAUGUUACAGCAUGGUGAUAUUCUAUGCAACUAGUUAUUCCUCUUUAGUUUGACACUGUAAUUUCUCAUGAUUUAAAGAUUGUAGAAAUAGACCUACCAGGGUUCUCAUGAUGUGCGUAACUGUAGCUGCAUGAACUCGUGUUCUGUGUAUUUGUUGAAGUGCAAUGAUGUAUAAAAAAGUGGAUUCACCUGUUUUUAAAAAUAAAACACUGACAAAAAAC